AUGGUGAUGGUCUCUCUGGCCGCUAUGACGACUGGAUUGGUGAUGCGAGUUCACCGCAUGGGUCGCUAUGGAAAAGAACCAAAGGAAUGGCUGUUGCGAGUUUUUUGCCUGCGGCCCUUGAAAACGAAGAUUAAUACACGAGCGAAGAACGCCACCGAAUUGGGCCGGGAGGAACGCUCCAAAACUCCACCGAGUUGGCGGGACAACGCUUCAGUCAAGGAUCCAGUACUGAGGUCAGCUAAAGGUGAGAUCGACGACUUCGACGUGGACGAUCCGACGGCGAUCAGACGACGUCGCGAGGCGAACGGCUAUGUGCGGAUAUCGGAACGGCUUGAUCUGUCCACAAACGACAAACAGCUUUUUCCACUUACUCCAGAGCAGCCCAUAGCAUGGAUCGAAGGAGAAGGCGAACAG